AUGAAAUUCAGAACUUUACAGCUUUUGACAUUAGUAGCCUAUUUGGGAUUAAUUAAUAGUCAACGAACGGUUUUAGAUGAUAAGUUUACUGGAAUUUUCCGAAAUGGAAAGGACAAGAUUAUAUCCUUAAUUAAACCUCGGAUACAACAACGAAAUUUUAAUACAAAUUUAAAUAGUAAUAAGCUACAGAGGCAGUUCUCUGAAAAAGAUAAUUUCUUUUGUGAUGUUCGUUAUGGCGCUCGGUCUGAAAAAGUUCCAAAUAGUGUACAUAAAUUGACACCCGGUGAUGUUGAUAUAAUUGGUGCAAUUGGUGAUUCUUUAACUGCUGGAAAUGGAGCUUUUGCCACAAAUCCAUUGCAGUUAUUAUUAGAAGGAAGAGGUGUUUCCUGGAGUAUUGGAGGUCAAGGGACUUGGAGAGUCUAUAUGACCCUCCCUAAUAUCUUGAAAGAAUAUAAUCCUAAUCUUUAUGGAUAUUCAAUCAGUGAAUACUCAAACUCGUAUGAAAAAUCAUCAAGAUUUAACGUUGCAGAAGCUGGAGCAAUGAGUCAAGAUACUGUUAUACAAGCAAAAAAUCUAGUUAAAAGAAUGAGAAGUGAUAAAAAUGUAGAUAUGAAGAAACAUUGGAAGCUUAUAACACAUCUGAUUGGUGGCAAUGAUUUUUGCUUAAAUGUUUGCUACUUUAAUGACCAAAAUAAAAUUGUGGAAGAUGCUGCCAAUGAAUUAAUACUUGUGUUAAGAAUAUUAAAGCAACACUUGCCAAGAACUUUGGUCAAUGUCGUUUUAACCCCUGACGUUAGUAUCACAACGAGAUUUUUAAAUCGUCCUGAUGUAUGCAAAGUUGCACAUUACUUAGAAUGUCCAUGCAUGUUCAGUCCAACUCAUCUACCAAAUAGACAACGAACUAUUAAUACGAUUAAGCUUUGGAAGAAGCGAUUUGAAGAAGUCGUUAAAAUGCCAGAAUUUCAUGAUACAGACGAUUUUGAGGUCAACAUUCAUCCGUUCUUAGAUAAAGGUGAUAUUCCUAAAUAUCCGAACGGAAAUACUGAUUUUACAUACAUGUCUCAAGACUGCUUUCACUUGAGCCAAAAAGGGCACGCGACUGCUGCAAAUGCACUUUGGAAUUCAAUGUUGACAACUGAAAGUAAGCGAUUGCAUUUCUUCAGACGAGAACUUGAAGAAUUUAAAUGUCCGACAUCAUUAUCACCUUAUUUAGCAACAACUAGAAACAGCUGA